AUGCUUAUUAUAGACCAACGCGACCUCAGCGCCCGGAGUCCGCUUCUCCGCUGCGACUUUGGGGAACGAACUCCUCUCAUUGCAUCCACAGAGGCGUGCUUAAAGCUCCGAGGGCCGGGGAAGGGAGGGCGGACCCUGCGAAAGCUGCGACUACCUUUCAGGGCCAUGGACUCGGACGCCAGCCUGGUGUCCAGUCGCCCGUCGUCGCCAGAGCCCGAUGACCUUUUUCUGCCGGCCCGGAGCAAAGGCAGCGGAGGCAGCGGCUUCACGGGCGGCACAGUGUCCUCGUCCACGCCGAGCGACUGCCCGCCGGAGCUGAGCGCAGAGCUGCGCGGCGCCAUGGGCGCGGCGGGCGCGCACCCCGGGGACAAGCUGGGCGGCGGCGGCUUCAAGUCAUCCUCGUCCAGCACUUCGUCGUCCACUUCCUCAGCGGCCGCGUCGUCCACCAAGAAGGACAAGAAGCAGAUGACAGAGCCCGAGCUGCAGCAGCUACGCCUCAAGAUCAACAGCCGCGAGCGCAAGCGCAUGCACGACCUCAACAUCGCCAUGGACGGGCUGCGCGAGGUCAUGCCUUACGCGCACGGCCCGUCGGUGCGCAAGCUCUCCAAGAUCGCCACGCUGUUGCUGGCGCGCAACUACAUCCUCAUGCUCACCAACUCGCUGGAGGAGAUGAAGCGACUGGUGAGCGAGAUCUACGGCGGCCACCACGCCGGCUUCCACCCGUCCGCCUGCGGUGGUCUGGCGCACUCUGCGCCCCUGCCCGCCGCCACUGCGCACCCCGCGGCCGCCGCGCACGCAGCACACCACCCCGCAGUUCACCACCCCAUCCUGCCUCCCGCCGCGGCCGCCGCCGCCGCCGCCGCCGCCGCGGCCGCCGUGUCCAGUGCCUCCCUGCCUGGCUCCGGCCUGUCGUCGGUCGGCUCCAUCCGGCCCCCGCACGGCCUGCUCAAGUCCCCGGCGGCGGCGGCGGCGGCCCCGCUGGGGGGCGGGGGCGGCGGCAGCGGGGGCAGCGGCGGCUUCCAGCACUGGGGCGGCAUGCCCUGUCCCUGCAGCAUGUGCCAGGUGCCGCCGCCGCAUCACCACGUGUCGGCCAUGGGCGCCGGCAGCCUGCCGCGCCUCACCUCCGACGCCAAGUGA